AUCUCGUUCGUUUGCGACUAUCUCCCUACGUUUGCCAUCAUAUCCCUGACGCAUAUUCACGUUGUCACCUGUCUUAUUGAAGAAGUACAUCUUUCGAGUCAGGAUGAAAUACGUGGCAUUAGCAAUGAUUCUGGGAUUAGCAGUGGCGCAAGAUCAAAAUUACCAACAUGGACGUAACUACCAACAGGAUGAUGAACAACAUCAAGCUGACAACAGACGACUUACAAGCACCACGCCCAUCCCAAUCUUGCAUUGGAACAAACAGCAGGAACACGAUGGAACUUAUAAAAUAGGUUACGAAACGGGCAACAAUAUCAUUGCUGAGGAAAGUGGCUACAUCAAGACUAUUGGCGAAGGUGAAGACCGGGCGGAGGCGAUCGUGCAACAAGGCACCUUCUCGUACACGAGUCCCGAGGGACAGCUGAUCACCAUUCACUAUACCGCCGACGAGACCGGCUUUCACGCUCAGGGCGAUCAUAUUCCCACGCCACCGCCUGUUAGUGAAGAGAUCCAGAAAGGCCUCGACCUCAUCUACGCGGGUAUUCGUCAGCAAGAGGAGGAAGAAGCUCGCGCAGCAGCCCAAAAAGCACAACAGCCUCUGAGCCAGCAAGUCGACAGGCGAGAUGAAUAUAACAGAAAGUACCAAUAGUGAUGCUUCAUAAACAUAGCAUAUUAUAUUCGCAGCACCGUACAGUUAUUAAGAAAUAGCUAUUAAGUUGUUAAGUUACUUUAUCCUCUCGCGUCUCAAAUACACUCUUCUAUGUACAUUUGUAGUAAGAAACAUCGCUUUGGUAAGCUCGA